CACAGAGACGAGGAAGUUAGAAUUACAGAAUUUCGUUCAACACAAAAACGAGUCAUGAACUACUCUUUGAUUUUCAUGUUCUUCAUUCAAAAUACUGUUGGCAGGAGGCAGUUAUCUCUUCAAACUGGAGCAUCGAUUACCAUCCCAUGUCAUUAUGAUAUAAAAUAUGUACAACAUAAGAAGUACUGGUGUUAUAAUGCUGGGGCAGCAUUUAAUUACUGUAGGAUUCUGUCAUAUGGAAAUACCACAAAAGAUAGAGUAACAGUGACUGAUUAUCCAGCUCAGAGUCUCUUUACUCUGACUAUGAGAGAUCUGCAGAGUGGAGACACUGGCAUGUACUGGUGUGCUGUGGAGAUCGGAGGAAUAACUGAGCUAGAUGAUCAUAAAGAUCUUUAUCUCACAGUACAGUCAGAUCCUAAUCUAUCUGUGGUGGAGAGAAGAGUGAGUGGUCAGGAAGGAGGCAGUGUCAGUGUCCAGUGUCUCUACAGUGCUGUGUAUCAGAAAGAACAGAAGCAGUGGUGCAGAUCUAAAGACUGGAGCUGCUACACAGUGGGGAGGACUAACACAUCCCAGAAUUCAGCAGUGCAGAUCAGUGAUGAUGGGAGAAGAUCCUUCAGUGUGGAGAUGAGUGGACUGCAGCAGAGUGAUGCUGGCUGGUACUGGUGUAAAACUGGAGAUCUACAGAUUCCUGUUCAUCUCACAGUCAGAGAGGCAAAUUCAGCUUUUAGAGAUUCUGCUGUGGAACCCACAGAGCCAGUGCAGUUCUGCCUUGCACGCAACUGAAUGAUCCCAGACAUGAUCCUGGAUCGAGGCAUCGAGAACUUAAGAAGCUGGAACACUGUAGAUGUUGUAUCUGAGUUAGGAAGUAGCUUGUGUUCAGGGCAGAGCAAGAAGGGCCUCAGCCACUGACUGUCUAUAUUUCAACAGAUUGUUUUUAUUCAUACGUUUAUUAAAAAGUAGUGCAGUAUGUACAUUGCUUUACU